AUGAAUUGGAGGAAAACAAAAGUAUUCAAGAGUUUUACAAUCCAAGGAGCACUCAUUGAAUCACUUUAUGAUGGCACAUCUAAAUAGCUAAUAUUGUACGAUACACAAAAUAUCAAAAUAUACGGUGUAGGAGAUUCUGAGAUUAAAUUUUAUGACAAAAUUUAAUUAUUCACUCAAAUAAAGAAAAUUGUGUUUUUAUCCUCAUUCAACCACAAAUAUCUCGUUGUCUAAAAUGCUUAAGGCUAAAUUUCAGCAAUCUCUACCUAAUAUCCAUAUGAUCAUAAAUUAGUCAUUCUACCUGAACAUUUUACUUCUGAUGCACUGUUACUAGCAUCGCAAAAUAGAUCAUGUAUCAUAGUGCAAUUUCAAAAUGAAAUAAUGAUAUUUGAAUUAAAUUAAAAAUAAGAAUUUGUGUCACAUUCCAUUAAUAUUAAGAAUUAGGAAAUUAAAUAAAUAGAUGCCAGUUUAGAUGAUACUCUACACAUUAUGUGCUAACAAUAUGAACCACUUAGAGAAAAUCAGAUGAUUGCUAACAUUGAAAGUACUAUUUUUUAUUGCAAAAUGCAUUACAAAGAUAAGGGCUUGUAAAAUUAUAAGUUCAAAUUUAUCAUACAACAAAUAAUUGCUUUGGAAAUGGAAGACAUUCUGGCUUUGACUUAAAAUGAGAUCCUGUGUUUAAAAAAUGGAAAAACACAUUUUUCUACCCCUGCCUAAGUUAGUUGCUUUGCUACUUUUAUGAAAUUAAAUUAAGUUAAUAAUCAAUUGUUUUUAUGCAAUCCAACUGUCAUCGAAAUUAUUGAAAUCAGAUUUGAUGACUUUAAUCAAAUUUAGAAUAUGGUGAGAUUGUAAGCAAUCUACAUAUCAUAAAUUGACAUUGUAAUUGCUGAUAAUUUAAUUUGGAUUUAGACUGAAACAUCUGGAACCCUCAAUUAGAUGAAUGCUGUUAGAAUGCCUUCCAUAUCAGAUCUUGAUCCCUCUAUUACGAAGAAGGUAAAAUUAGAAGAGAAUGAUUAAUUAUUCAAAGCUUUAGGAGUGUUUCAAACUUUUAGCCGAAUUUUCAAUUUUACUGUUGUAGGCAAUUCCCUUUACAUUUUAUCUGGAAAUGCAGCAUCAUCAUAAAUCUAUAAAUUAUAACAUGAACUCACUCCAACCGUUACUACUGUGUCUUUAAAAAUUAAAACAGGUAUAAAUGAAUAAAAGUUUCCUCUUUACUUUGAAAAUCAUAUUGGAUUUAUAAGUGAAUAGAAAUAAUUGACUUUUUCAAAGAUUUUAAAAGAUGGCAAUUUUCAAUUGGUUGAUAAUAUCCAAAUACCCGAAUUUUAGGAUGUAUUUUCAAAUGGGACAAUAAAUGCUAACUGUUUCUAUGUGCAAUUUGAUACCUAUUUAUGGUUCAUCUAAACUAAUCCACUUUGCCAAUUCUCUAGGUAGUACGAUAUUCGUUAAGUUAAAUAAUUGAUGAAUUAUUUUGUUGGAUUUGAUGAUUAAAAAUGUCUCAUUCUUACUUAUUUAAAUGAAAAAACAUUAGUGAGCCAAGAAAUAAACUCUAGUGAAAUUGUCUCAUUUGAUUUGGCUUAAUAGGAGAAUGAUAUACUUAUUCUCAUGAUUGAAAGAGAGAAAUUAUCAAUUUUGUCAGUUAAAUUUUAGUCAUGGCAAAUUCAAGUCUAACUCAUGUUUAUAACUAAUGAAUUUAUGGGUAAUUUGUGUGCAAUAUCAACCAUUCCUGAAUUGAACCUAGGUUAAAAUGCUGUAUUUACAUGUCCUUCAGUUCAAAUCAAAUGUUCACCUACAGAAAAUGAAGAUAUUAUCAAUUCUUACUUAGUGAAUUUUAAUAAAAAUAAAGGAAUGGCAAUAAUAUUAAUAACAUCAUCUGGAAAAGUGUCAAUUUAUUCUCAAAUCAAAAACAACUCUAAUUAGCUUAAAAUAUUUAAGUUAAUCUUUUCAUAUCAAUCCAACAAUGUUUAAUUAAAAUCCUAAAAAUUUCACUAUGUUGGACCUUCCAAUUUCUAAUAGUUUAUAUUUCCAGGAUUGAAUUUAACAUUAACAGAAAGCUUAGGUGAAAUUUUGAUUCAUUUUAUUAAACAGGAAGACCAAUUUGAUUAGGUCUUAUUGGUACAAUAAAGUAAACAUUAUACUUAUAUAAAUUAGGUGCUUUCCUUAUGGGAUUUUCUGGAAGUUGUUACUAUUUUCCCUCAUUACAAAGAAGUAAUCUCCCUUGCAACAAUAUCAUCAUAAAUCCUGUAUUAAAGGAUAGAUGCACAGCAAUAAUGAUGCAUAGCUUUAGUGUAACAAAUUUCAAAAUAAUUAUAGUUUCAUUCCAGUGAGUAUCUUUUAGUGAUUAACAAGGCUUAAAAUAGGAGAACCAAUUAAAAUUAGCUUAAGAAUGAAGUGUUUGUUUAUAGGUCAGAUAAUUUGAAUGAUCCUUUUGCUCAAUAUGAUUAAUUGGAUAAUGAGGAAAUUAUUAAGGUCUAAUUCCUCUAAGGGAUGGACCUUAUCUUAAUAAUGACACUCGUUAAUUCAUAGUUAACAAGGGAUUAUCCAAAUACUAAAUUACACAUCCUAAAGUUAGAUCAAUAUUAGAAAAUCACUGAAUAGCAACAAUCAAGGUUAUUCAAAGAAGCUGUUCCAUGUGAUUUCGUAGUAAUGCCACCUAAAUUAGCUCUUGUAUUCAUGUAAGAUCAGUUAAAAUAUAUUGAUUUGCAUGUUGGAUAAAGUGCUAUUGGUUUUUCAUUGACACCAGACUCUUUAAGAGGGGAACUUGUAUAAAUCUAAAUUGAGGCUGUAUCGGUUGUUGAUAGAUGGAUAGCAGUAUUGAAUGGUGGAUUUAAAGUUGUGAUAUGCAAAUUUGAGGAGGACAAUUCUCAGCCUAAAGUAGAUUGGUCAAUUGAAUUUGGUGUUUUAAGAGUAAUGGAUAUUUAGCUUUUAAAGAAUGAAUAUUAAAAGCCUCUUCUUGUUCUUUUGGAUUAUGAGAAUAGCAUUCAAAUUUAUUCAAUAACCUACAAAGUAAUAAUUUUAACUAACUAGACUAAAAUUAAAAAAAUAGCUGACUGCCAGAUUAUGAAUCCUUGCAGAAUGUUAAGCAUAGCCAAUAGUAAAAUUUAAUAUGUAUCUGUAGAAUUAAUAAUCUCCUCUCUGGAUGGAAGUAUGACCAUGUUCGAUUAAAUUGAUGAUGAAUCUUAGGCAAAUAAAUUCAAAACCAUUGUAUCAGAAUUGCCAUACAUAGGCGGAUUUUAACCUAGUAGUUUCUUGUGUACUAGUUAAUAACAUAUUUAGAUGCCAAAUAGAUAAAUGGAAAAGGGAGUGUAUGGGAUUUUGAAAUUAACGAUCUGUAUAAUUAAUUGUCAUUUGGAAUCCAAAAGAUUGUAAAGAAUAGGUAUAUGUAUAACCCUUUUGAAUGA